AUGCUAACUGCUCUGCACGCCCAACGUCAUGCCAAACUCUCCCGCGCCGCAACCUACACGCGCUUCGGCACCAUAUGCAUAACGUUCCUUCGUAUUCAGUGCGAUCACUCCACGACCCCUGAGGGUGUCAGAGGUCCUGUCUCUCGCUUUCUGAGAUUAGUUGGUCAAUUGACCAAACUCGCCAUUCCCUCUUCCACCACCCCUCCUCUGAUGAAUGUUAUUAUGUUCGCCCUCGCACUUCUUUCUAUUAUUCCUUCGUACACACUAGCUCAACAUGUACACGGAGGAAAUGCCGAUGGAAUGGGAGGCGUGGCGAUGAUUCCAUACCUACAUUUACGCCUGGCGAUGCAUUAUUCUUCAAGGAGUGGAUUCCCAAAUCAUCUGGGCGGUGGGAGGAGCAUGUGUCGGUCUCUUUGUGCUGGCGAUAUUGCAACGGUGUAUAUCUGCUAUGAGAGGAGUCAUGGAACAGCAUUGGAAACAACGAUCCGACGCACUUGUAGCCGCCGGUUCGUCCUCAUGCGCGAUACAGCAUCCGCAGACAAGGAAUCAGAACAAGACACUAGUUUGACAGGACAGCCUAAGUACCCAGGGUUCUCAAACCUACCUUACCGCCUUUUAUUUGGUCGCACGAACUUGCUCGAGGGGAAUGCAGAUACUGCAAUCAUUUUUUGGAUACGCACUGAUGCUGGCCGUCAUCUUUAUAUCCAAGAUGAUGAUGACCCGAGUUUUCGCUAUGGCUGCUAUGGCCGCGAGCGCUGCUGCUCACUUUACACUGAGUGGCCUCGCACCCGUGGGUUCGAUGAGGACAUUGAGAAUCAAUUCUGUGGUGGUUUCCCCAACGCAGGCCCACGUUCAUCCUUCCCCUUGGGUGCCUCUGGAGUUGUUAUUGACAGCACCCACGAUACUGCUAAUGUUAUUGUUCUCGUCUCUUUUGAUGCCAACCCUCAAAACAUCACUCAGUUCAGUAACUCGAGCAAUGGCGCUCAGCUCACGAGCUUUGUCAAGCUUGAGAAACAAGGAGAGGCUUGCAUCCCAGUAAACAUUCAAUCUUUGGGCCUUUCCAACGUCUCGAAUGGCACGAACGCUACUAUUCAGAUUCAAUACGAUGGUGGGGAUGGUAACUUGUACCAAUGCGCAGAUGUUACUCUCCUAAGUGACUUUACUGCUCCUUCCAACGUCUCUUGUGCGUCUAGUGCAUCUGGAACCACUACCUCUGGUGGUGCCGCGGCCACUUCGACCUCACCUUCGGGAUCCAACGGCGCUCUCACAACUCAGGCCUCUGCAGGGCUUGCACUCGGAGUUGCAGUACUUUUGGCAAUGUUCUUUUAA